ACACUACUUACAGUUAAUUUAUAACUGUUGGGAAAGUUACUUAAGACCGAGCAAGCGGUUGAUUGACAGCAGUCCGGGGACGGCGGAGGAGGAUGACGUGAUGACGCAGACCCGCCGGCGCAAGGCGCGCGCGCUGACGCAGCGCGAGGGAGCGCGUGGGUUCCAUUAUUCACGAGCGAUGGAGGCGCUGGCCGGUGUGUUCGCCACCGUUCCCCCUGCCGCCGCCGCUGGCGGCCUCGGACUCUGUGCCACCGGCGCGCUGCUCUACAGAGCCGUGACCAGAAAGAAGCCAACCCAUGUGAAGGUGAACUGCUGGUUCUGCAAUCAAGAUACAACCGUACCCUAUGGGAACAGAAACUGCUGGGAUUGUCCAAACUGUGAGCAAUACAAUGGCUUCCAAGAGAAUGGUGAUUACAAUAAGCCAAUCCCUGCUCAGUAUAUGGAGCAUUUGAACCACAUGGUGACCAGCUGGGCCACUCCUUCACAAGCCUCCAAAAUUCAGCAAUGGCCAAAUGGGCAAAUUCUCUUCUGCAAAAAAUGCAACAACAACCAGCCUCUGAAGAUCAAGCAAUUGGCUUCCUUUGUGCCCAGAGAUGAAGAUAAGUAUGAAGAAGAAAUAGAAGUAUAUAAACACCAUCUUGAACAGACUUACAAGCUGUGUCGUCCGUGUCAGGCAGCGGUGGAAUAUUACAUUAAACACCAAGACCGGCAGAUUCGAGCAAUUCUCUUUGACCAUCAGCUUCGCCGUCGAGAGACAGACAAAGCAUUUGUGCAGAGUUCCCAUUAUUCCGGCCUUUCUACUCCAUUUCGAGUAUUAUUUCUUCGAUUCAUGGCCUUUGUCUGUGGUGCUGUAUUGGUUGCCAUGGCAAUUUAUGGCUCAGGUGAUCAACAUGAGGUCCAAAAGACCACUACUGAAAUGCCCACACCCAAUCUGCUACUGCAUCCAUCCAGCAAUGACAGCAAAACCAUUUCUCCGUCGGUACACAGUGCUGUCCUGAAUGCCAUAGCCUGGCAAGAGCUGCUAGAGAUGGUGCCGGAGAAAAUGGUGAUCAACCUGCAGGCUGCAUGGGACUACGGGAAGAACCACCAAAUGGCUGUAGUUGCCACUGGCCUCUUUACUUGCUUAUUGGCUGUUCUUAUGGCUGGACGUAUUAGGUUGCGGAGAAUUGACGCAAUGGCUUCUCUUCUGUGGCUGGCCGUGAUGAGUUUGUAUUUGGUGGAGGAUUACCUGCAGACUGAUGCUCCUGGGUGGCUCGACACUCUGAAACUCAGCACCACCUCCUUGUGUUGCUUAGUGGGAUUCACUGCAGCCAUCGCUACUCGGAAGUCAACUGGCCAUCGGCAAUACAGAGCACGAAGGUCAGAGUCUGAACAAUGAACAGUGGCAGCAUAUGAACUCUUGUGUAACUGAUUCUGUCCUCCUACAGUGGAAUGCUGUUUCUUAUUUCGCUUUCCCAACAUUUGGUUGUCUCCUGAGGAAUUUAAAGUUGCAGCAUCAUUAUUCUUUGACCUAUGUGAAUGAGCUGGACUUGACAAUCCUAUAAAAUCAAACCUCACGUCUGUGUACUCUUUUCCAUAGAAUUUAGGCUAAAUUUACUUUCAUUAGGCACAAAUUCAAAUGUCAUCAUAUUUCUUGGAUGAUCUUGGAAUAUUAUAGGUCACAUAAUUGCUAUUAAUUUACUUAAAGACUGUCAAUAGAUCUUUUAGCUUAAUUCACAUGCACACAAAUUGCUGUAAUGUUAGUUUAACACUUUAAUUGACCAUAAAGCCAAUUAACGUGGCCAUUUGGCCCAGAGUCUGUUCCAGCCUUGAUUUAUCCUUCUCAACCCCCAUUCUCCAGACAUCUCCCCGUAACCUUUGAUGCCCUUACCAAUCAAGAACCUAUUCACAUCUGAUUUAAAUAUACUUAAUGAUGACCUGCACAACCACCAGGGGCAAUGAAUUCCACAGAUUCACCACCCUCUGGCUAAAAAAAAUUCCUCCUCUUCUCUGUUUAAAAGGUAUGUCCUUGUAUUCUAAGGCUGUGCCCUCUGGACUGAGAAUCUCCCACUAUAGGGAAACAUUCUUUCCAAGUUCAGUCUAUCUAGGUCUUUCAGUAUUUGAUAAGUUUCAGUGAGAUCCCCCUCAUUCUUCUAAACUCCAUCAAGUUCAGGCCCAGAACUAUCAAACACUCCUCAUAUGUUAAUCCUUUCUUUCUCUAGAUCAUUCUCAUGAACUUCCUCUGAACCAUUUUCAGUGCCAGAACAUCCUUUCUUAAGGGGCCCAAAGCUGCUCACAGUACUCCAAAUUAUGCACAUUAAUAGCAGAACAGGGGCAUUCAUUUUUUAAAAAAAAUCUUAGAGCUUGUUUGCUGGUUGUGAAGGGAAGUGUUUCCAUUGACAUUGUUCCAUCUAAGCACUCUGUGCGGUCCUAAAGACCAGGUGUUUGAAACACAAGUGUCCUUGUCCUGAGGUCCACCAUGUUCAUAGGCCAGCUUAAUUAAAAUGAACUGGUCUGCUCCUUUGUUUUAUAUAAAAAGCAUGAAAUGAAAAAUAACCUUUAAAAUAUUAAAUUAAUAAAUAUUAUGAAAGAAUGGCAUAGCUAAACAAUUCAAUAGCUCGAAUCAGAAUUGGGGGCAUUUUGUUUAUUCCGAUUAGGGUUCUCAGCCUACCCUCAGAGUCAAACAUUACUACAGGGGCAAUUGGUGUCCAAAGCAACACGCAAAAUGCUGGAGGAAUUCAGCAGGCCAGGCAGCAUCCAUGUAGAGCAACAUUUCCCAACCUGGGGUCCACAAACCCCUUAAUGAUAUUGGUCUGUGGCAUAAAAAGGGUUGGGAACCCCUGAUGUAAAGGAAUAAGCAGUCAACAUUUUGGGCUGAGACCCUUUUUCAGAACUGGAAAUGAAGGGGGAUGAAACCAGAAUAAGGAGGGGGGAAGGGAAGAAGCACAAACUUGCAGGUGAUAGGUGAAAGCAGGUGAGGGAGGGGGGAUGAAGUGAGAAACUGGAAGGUGACCAAAGCCUUAACUGGCUCUAAUCUGAGAGCUGAUCACCUAUGCUUAGCUGUGCCCACUAUGGCGAGCAAUUAAACUGAAUCCUGGUGCUAAUAAUAAUUUCCGGAAUGUUCCCAUUACUUGCUGGUCAUCACAAGUUGACAUUGGAGAAAUAAAUAAGUGCCUCCAAGUUGUUGGUGAAUCUAUUUUAAUAAUGUGCCACACAAUCACCAAUGGUGCAAUGAAGGAAGCUGAGAUGUAGAGGAGACCCGAAUUAGAAGACUUGAUCUGUACGAGGAGAAUACAAAUUCACUGUGGCCAUUAAUUCACAAGAACGAAAAUUUUAAAUUGUAAGUUGAAAAUUUUUAAAUUAAAUAAUAAAUUCUACUUGGGAAAUAUAAAGCGGAAUUCUGUUAGACCGUUCAAAAUUAAUUGUUCUUAACAGAGGAAUUAAAACUGCAAAUAGUUUUUAAUCAACUGCUUGUGAUAGUUUAUCAUCACUUUGCAGCCUUAAUUUUAAAAAAAAUUAAGCCAUGGAGUUAUGAUAUCUCCUUGUGGCUAUAAUCUAUAAUUUGUUUACUUGGUGGAUUUCUUUUGAAUAUUAAUGUAAAAGGCAUCACUACCAAUGACCAGACAUUGUUUUUAAUAUGACUUUAGAUUUUUUUAAAUGACUGCAACUAUUCUAGCUCUUCAGAUUGAUAAAUCUGUCACAAAUAAGGCCAAUUUAGUAUUAUCUCCAUUUCCAAAUGAAAACCAUAGAAAAUUAAGCUCCUUAAGCUCUGGUGCUCUGUCCUAUUUAGAAACUUGCAGUGAUGGUGGAUGUCCUUUUUUCCCUGCUACAGUUCUGACUGAACAUGUGCCACAUUGAAGAAUCAGAACCAGGUUUAAUAUCACUGACAUGUCGUGAAAUUUGUUUUGUGGCUACAUUACAGUGCAGUACAUAAAAUAAUAUAAAUUGUAGAAAGAAAUAAAAGUAUAAAAAUAAUUAAAUAAGUAGUGCAAAAAUAACGUAGUGUUCGUGGGUUGGUUAACUGGCCGUUCAGAAAUCUGAUGGCGAAGGGGAAGAAGCUUCAGCAUAUUGAGUGUGUGUGUUCAGGAUCUUGUACCUCCUCCCCGAUGGUAGACCAUGUCCUGGGUGAUGGGGGUCCUUGAUGAUAUUAUAUUCCACAAAGACAGCUAUUCCUUGUGUUAAACUCUAGCGAUGCUUUAACGCUUGACUCAUCAGUUUUGUGAUGCAGCCUCAGAUUCUAUUUCACACAAAAUGCUGGAGGAACUCGAGGAAGAACUUAGCAGUCAUGGCCUGAAACGUCAGCUGUUUACUCUUUUCCAUAGAUGCUGCCUGACCUGCUGAGUUCCUCCAGCAUUUUGUGUUUUGCUUUGGAUUUCCAGCAUCUGCAUAUUUUCUCAUGUUUCAGAUUCUCUCUUUCCUUUACCUGCUACACCAGUAACACUAACAUUUAUCUGGCAAAUAUAAUAGCACUGAUUUUUUUUAAAGAAUCAUGGAACCUCCUCUAUCUAGCCUCAGACAAAAAUAAAGAAAAGUUAAUGAGACAUUGAAUGUUCUGAACAUGGAAAAAAAGUGGACGUGUUUGAUUUCUUAAAGGUACAAUCAGCCAAAUUUUAGGUCCAGAAAAAAUGAUUACUGUUUCUUUAAAAGAAAAAAACUUUGCAUUCUUGGCUUCAAGCUAGUGAGUGGGUGAUUUGAUGGCUUUGAUUUAAAUUCAUUGUGUUGUAAAAGAAACUAAUUAUGUUUAAGAUAAAUGCCGCCUUGGCAAUUUGCAUUACAAUAAAAUUAAUUCUACAGAUCAGUUUUCUUGCAUGCAUUGGGAAGGCUUUAAUAUUUAUGCAAGUGUUACUAUCACACUGGCAUCAUCAUCCCAUCCAUUACUAGCUCCAAUUUCUUUUUUCUCUUGCAAAUGCUACUUUCAAAGUCUGGUUUCCUUAACUUUUUUGAAUGCUGAAUAGCUGUUAUUUAAGUCGCCAGUAAAAUUGGCCUUCAUAUAUUUGCUGCAUCCCAGUGAAUGUAAUUUGGGACAUAGUUCAGUAGUGCUACUGGCUUUCCUUUCUUAAACUUUAUCAGAUAAUGUGUAAUUCAAUAUUUAGAUCUAGAUGUAUUAACAUAUGCACAAUUGCUAUUUCUGUGCAGUACAUAUUCAUGGUAUUUAAUACAUAUAUUUUAAAAUUCUAUACAUUUUCAGUUAAUGCACUAAAAUAUUUUGAUUCCUUGUAAAGGUUUUCUAUUUUUGAAUUGUAUUUAUAUUAUCUUGUAUUUUAUUUCAAAUGUCUCAGCAUUCAAAAGGGUGUCCCACCUAUUUUACUUCUUCUCUGCCUAUUAUCACAUUCUGUGCAUUUUAAUCAUUUAAAAAUGUUCUGAAGUUUGCUUGUAUUGGAAGCCCUGCAGCUGCUUUUUUUUGCUUCAAACUUUACUGUCUCUUUGAACCUUCUCAGCAUUUAAAAACAAAUAUUAUGUACUCAUUUAAUUGGUCCAAGUUUAGAUGGCAAGUAGAAUUCAUGUAAUGUGUUGUAGAAGUGAUGCUUGUAGGCUUAUGUAGUCUGCUUUUAAUAAAUUGCCCACUCAAAAAUUCAAUAUGCUCUUUACUUAUGUACAUUUUCAAAUUGGAUAUCACAGCCAUUCACAGCGUUUCAGUAACUGCUCAUUUUAGGGUAUGCAAAGGGCUUGUUAUCUAAAUGUUUCAAGUUUCAAAGUUCUCAGAGAGACUUGAGAGGUUUGCAUUGAAGUUGUUGAAUUAGAACUGAUGGGACCUUGCACUCAGAAGUAAGUAACCAGAGUGAGUUUCUGAUCUGAAACUGCCAAUGUAAAAUCAUUUUCAGAAAGCAGGAGACAUUGUUGGAACUAAAAGUUACAACUUUUAAAAUCUUAAAUCAGACUAAAUGCCAUAGGUCUUUUAAGAGAAGAGUUGGAAGUGGUUUGAUUCAAGCAGAUUUGCAUCUACUUCAUUGUCUGAUUUAGUUUCAGCCUUAACUAUUUAUCUUGUAUUUUGUUGUAGCUUUAAAAACAUAUUAUUUAAUCUGCUGUUUAUCAUUUGACAAUAUUUAAUGUUGCUGGAAAGCCUGUUAGCGCUGUUUGUAAUUAAAACAUUAUGUAAACAUUGAAGUACAAAGCUGUAGUCUAUGUAAUGACGUUUUCUGCACUAUCUGGGUACAGUCAACAGCAGUAUAUAAAUGUGAAUGCAGCCAAUAAUUAUAGUCUAACACAUCUGAUGGAAAUGUACUGUAUGUAAUUCCAACCUAGUGAAAUCCUAUUAAGUAAAAGAUAAUGUAGAAAUUUUACUGCAAUAUUAAGCUUAAUGUUAUUGUAAAAUGGAAAUGUUGCAGUGCUCUGCAGUACAUCUAAUGUGAUCAGUGUUACCGUGUUUAGUGAAUCUUAACUUUAUAACUUUAUCUGGAUUAUUGUACUCCUCCAGAAUCAAUGUUCAUUUCACAUCUAUCAUGCAAAUAUUCAUACCUUACCUUUUGCAACUUAUUUACUGAGACCACCAUUGCAUGUUGUCAAGAUGACACUUGGGACUGCAAACUGUUGCUGAUGAUUGUUGUUGAUUCAUCUGAACUCAUUGGUAUUACUGUCGCUGCUUUAUCACAUUGUGUGUCGGGGCCACUUAGAGCAAACUGCAGUAACCCAGAUGAAUUCUUGGUUCAGCACAAGUUGAGUUGUGACAGCUUAAUGGCUCAUCUCCUGGCACUGAACUAAUCUUGUUAAUCAGGAUGUUGGUGAUGAUUUCCCUGAGAACAUGGGUGUUUUUCAGAUGAAUGUUGAACAAAUUUAACACGGUCUUUUUUCAUGUUUGAUCUUUGAAAAUAAAAAAAUAAUUACACAAUGUAUUGUGAAUUGCAGAGCCAGUUUCUGAUUUCUGUUCUUGUGCACAGGAUUGCUAAGGAGUAUAGGUGUUUUAAUUUUUCACUUGGAAGCAAUUUAGCAUCAAAUAGUGUUCUGAUGCCUGAAAUCUUCUACAGAGAAGACCAAUAAUUGAUAAUAUUCUUGAUUUUAUAAAAAUCAUUUUCAAAUCCUUUCGGUGUAGGUCUGUCUUUACCAUUAUGCCAGUGAUUUUCUGUUUUGUUUCAUUGAGUGAUUAUCUUCCUUCGUGUGGAAUUGUAUUUCGUUAAACAUUCUGGUUUUGUAAUUGCUAGCAUCUGCCAGCCUGAUCCUCUGUUAGCCCCAGGAAUCAUUCAGAAAUUAACAGGUAGCUGUCAAUUUGUAGAAGCUGGAGAGUGAGUGGAUUACAUAAAUGUUUGAAUCUAAAUCCAGCAAAAGCAUAGAUGAGCAAUUCAGCAGAGGGUUAGGCAGGAAGAUGGGUGACAUGGAGGUGGUAGAUGGUAGCAUUUGCCAAGCAUGGGAAUGGGUUAGAAGUUCUGUUCAGAAUCGUAUAAGGCAGUCAGUGAGAUAACUGUAGUUCAACCUGAGGAGGUGGUCAGGAAGGCGUAUGAAAUCUGUGGAAAGCAAACAGUUUAUAUAUUUUGGAUUUCUCAGAAUUUAAUUUGAAACAGUUAAUGACCAUAAGACUGUCUU